CUUCGUCACAAGGUGCGCCCUCGUCGGCCCCCUGCCCACUGCUCUCCUCGCAUUGUCCCAUCUCAAGGAUCUGGAAUUGGAGUAUUGCAAUCAACUCCCUCGCUCGCUCCCCGAUACCCUAGGCAGACUGUCCUCUCCCAUGGGCCUGUCAGUUCUACAUUCUCCCAUGCACCUCCAUCUUCUCUCUGCCACGGGUCGUCACAGCACCGUGAUCCACCUGUUUUCCAUCGGCCAACCUCUAUUUUCUCGCCAAUCUACCUGCAUGUGCACGCCCAACUGCAUGCCUACCGCAGACCCCCUUUCUCGGGUGCAUCAAAUCCACUCCACUUCCUCCCCCUUUCCCAUCUUGUCCCCUUUCUCCCCUCCCUGCCGUCUCCCCUCCCUGCAUUCUCCCCUCUCUGCCCUCUCUCCCAUGCCUGCCUGCCACGGCCCAUCAAUGCAGCAGCACCGCCUCUCAUGGGAAUCUCAAAGAUUCCGUUCCGCAAGAGCUGGGCAAUCUGCAGCAGCUCACCCGCCU